AAAAGCUUCCCCCUUGCCUUACACCUUUAACUACCACUGUGGCGAUUACCUAGCUCAUGAGAAUGUGAGAUCAGACGGGGGGAGGCUUGGGAGGAGGCACAGGUGCUGCCAAGGGGCUUGUGGUUGUGGUGAUCAUGAAGAUGAGGUCGGUCUUGGCCAUCGCCAUUCUUGCCACCACCACUGCAGCAGUGCUCUUCCUUGGGUCUGAGGCGCAGGAGGUGAAGAAGGACCACCGUACAUAUAGGAUCUCAGGCAGCGCCGGCGAUGUUCUGGAGGACGACCCCGUCGGCCGGCUCAAGGUCUACGUCUACGACCUCCCGGCCAAGUACAACACGAAGCUGGUGGAGGACGACCCGCGUUGCCUGACGCACAUGUUCGCCACGGAGGUGUUCGUGCACCGGUCCCUCCUCUCCAGCGCCGUGCGCACCCUGGACCCCGAGGAAGCCGACUGGUUCUACGCACCCGUGUACACCACCUGCGACCUCACCGCCUCGGGCCACCCGAUGCCCUUCGACUCCCCGCGCAUGAUGCGCGCCGCCAUCCGCCUCAUCUCCCGGCGCUGGCCGUACUGGAACCGCACCGAGGGCGCCGACCACUUCUUCGUCACGCCCCACGACUUCGGCGCCUGCUUCCACUUCAAGGAGGCCAAGGCCGUGGCGCGCGGGAUCCUCCCGGUGCUCCGGCGCGCCACGCUGGUCCAGACGUUCGGGCAGAGCGGCCACGCGUGCAUGAAGGAGGAGGGCGGCGGCUCCAUCACCGUCCCGCCGUACGCGCCGCCGGGGAGGAUGGAGGCGCGGCUGCUUCCCCCCGGCACGCCGCGCUCCGUGUUCGCCUACUUCCGGGGCCUCUUCUACGACGCCGGCAACGACCCCGGGGGUGGGUACUACGCGCGGGGCGCCCGCGCGGCGGUGUGGGAGAACUUCCGGAGCAGCCCGCUGUUCGACAUCUCGGCGGAGCGACCCGCGACGUACUACGAGGACAUGCAGCGGGCGGUGUUCUGCCUGUGCCCGCUGGGGUGGGCGCCGUGGAGCCCGCGGCUGGUGGAGGCCGUGGUGUUCGGGUGCAUCCCCGUGGUCAUCGCCGACGGCAUCGUGCUGCCCUUCGCCGACGCCAUCCCGUGGGCGGAGAUCGGGGUGUUCGUCGCCGAGGAGGACGUCCCGAGGCUCGACACCAUCCUCACGUCCAUCCCGCCGGAGGAGGUGCUCAGGAAGCAGCGGUUCCUGGCGAGCCCCGCCGUGAAGCGGGCGGUGCAGUUCCCGCAGCCGUCGCAGCCAGGGGACGCGUUCCACCAGAUACUCAACGGGCUCGCGCGCAAGCUCCCGCACGGGGAGGGUGUCUUCUUGAGCCCCGGGCAGACGGUCCUCAACUGGACGGAUGGCCCGCCGGGGGACCUCAAGCCGUGGUAGGUAGCUGGUAGCCGUCGAAUUGCCAAAUGCGCAGUUUUGGGUGCAUCUUCUUCCACCAUAGACGAUAGCUGCGAACUGUGACACGUAUGUACGUAUAUCUACAGGUGUUUUGUACAGCGUAUGUGAAUAUCAUUUACAAGAUUUUAUUCCUGAUGAAUGCCUGGUGUGAUUUAAA